ACCUUUGCCAUGCGUACACCAUACGCCGUCAUUCCAUACCCUACUCUAGCGUGCUUCUAAGUAAAAUUAAGUUAAUAAUAUAAUAUAAGUAUUAAGUAGAUAAAAGUCAGUAACAAGAGAUAAGAUAAUAAAGAAAAAUUAAUAUAGAAAUGAGUAAAUAAAUUAAUUUAUCUAGAUUUUAGAUAUAUUUUAAAAUGUGGCGAACUUUUGUAGUUUUCGUGGUGGUCGUAUAUAUGAUAGUGACACGUGUGACGACAGCACCUGCUUAUCAUCACUCUCGAGGUCCCCGCUACACAAUCAGCAAGACACCAGAUCACAAUCACAAGGCUCCAUAUAUCGAGGUAUGGAAUUCGACUUACCAUGGAUACGGGCCGCGGGAGGAGGCACGAGCUAUGUGCUCAGUGAAAACACAUGAGGUUAACGCUACUGCUAAUGCUACAAUCACCAGGAGACUACAUGGAGUAGUCACGUCUAAGGAGCUCCAUUCGUCAAUCCAGCGGUUGGAAGUUAUAAUAUUUGGGCAGAUGCAACAGCUAUGGCAGAGUUUAGACGCAUUGCGCAUGCAGUUGGGCGGUGACGGCCGACCGCCUUUCCCGGACAGGCGUACUGUCAGCUUCAGAUAUAAACCUAAUAUGAAAUAACAAGAAAACAUUGAUAUUAUUUUAGAAAUAUACAGUUUUUUUAAGAUACACCAGUUAGAUCAGUGGCAGUUGCAGGUAGUUACAAGGAAACGCUCUUUUCUUUUGGAGAAAUUUUGAUGUACAUUUAUAAAUCUUAUUAAUAUUAUAUAUAUAACGAAUUUGUAAUUAGACUACAUCGGUAUAACAGUAAUAGCAACUAAUAUUUUUGAGAACUUUUUGUUUUUUUUUCGUUCCGGCAUCAGGUUAAAACUAUUGCACCAGGGAAAAUACUGUUUACACAGUUGUAUUUUUAAAGGUCUAACUUAAAAAUUGAUGUAUCUUGGCAUCGCCAUCUAGAAAUUUUUAUCUACUUACAAGUUUCGCAAUAAAAGAGCAUGGAAAUUGACAAUUUAUACAAUAACUUUUUUGAUGGCAAUCGUCUUUGUUUUCGAUGUUUUGUAGCUAACGUAUGCCGUCAUUGAUGAAGGGGGUAUCAGUAGGACCACAUGGUGCCAGUGUGGAUUAUUUCUGAUAACGAUAGAUGAUGAGUAUAAUCUGAUCGAACUAUGAGCUCAUUUAUAAUAACAUGAUAAGUGCACGCUAAAAUGAAACUGAUAUAACACAAAAUUUUAUUUUCUUAAUAAUUAAAUAUAAUCAUGAUUUUAAUUUUUGAUAGAAGCAAUUGUUGAGUAUACGAUUAUUAUUGUUGUGGUGAAAAUAACACUAGAUAUGUUCAAAUUUCAUAGAGUAAUUAUUAUUUGAAUCCAACGUGGCGAUUGUAUUUGUAAAGUUCUACCGUUCAGUUCUAUCACACUACAAAAUUUAUGAAACUGUUUUUUUUUGUCCAUUUAAUAAUACAACAAAUACAUAGUAGGCUAUGUAUUUGUUGUAUGAUUUUAAUAGAACUAUACUGAUAAAAAAGCCCCAUUUAGUUGGAGCCUACCGGCGUUACUAGGGUUGUUGCAGAAAUUAUGAUUUUCAUACGAAAUUUGCUGAUAUAGCCUGGAAAUAACACGGAGGCAUAAGAAUUCACCAGAGUUAGCCAUUAAUUACUAUGGGUGUUCGAAUACCAGUGCAGUCUGUAAGGUAAAUCAGGUGGGUUAUUAGCUUGUUUGACAUUUUAAGUUCUGUAGAAAAAUUCUGUAUUUAAAAUAAAAUAAAUGCUUACAAUUAAAAAAAAAAAGAAUGUACUAAUGGUCGAAUAAUAGUUUAUUUUUGUGUUUGAACAAGAAAAUAAUUAUUAUGUUUAUUGUCAUCAUUGUUUAGAAAAGUAUAACAUUUUGUAGGUAUAAUAAUAUUGUUGAAAACAAAUUUUUGAAUUAUUGAAGAUACCAAAGUAUAUAGCAGAGCAUCUAUUAAUAAAGCAAAUAGACACGACUUUUUUUUUAUUUUUAUUACACUUAAGUACUGUUUCCUUAAACACAAGAGCGAGAAAAUAUUUUUUACGUUUUCUCACAUAGUCAUAUCAACUUCUAGAUUUGUGAAGAUAAAAAAAUUGAGAGGAUUUAGAUUGUAACAAUAAAAUUUAAUAAAUAACCAUAUUUCACAAAU